AGAAGAAACUGUAACCAUGAGUGGAAGGGGCAAGGGUGGCAAAGGACUCGGAAAAGGAGGCGCCAAGCGUCACCGUAAAGUUCUUCGUGAUAACAUCCAGGGCAUCACCAAACCCGCUAUCCGCCGUCUGGCUCGCCGUGGUGGAGUGAAGCGUAUCUCCGGUCUGAUCUACGAGGAGACCCGCGGAGUGCUGAAGGUGUUCCUGGAGAACGUCAUCCGUGAUGCCGUCACCUACACUGAGCACGCCAAGAGGAAGACUGUGACCGCAAUGGAUGUGGUUUAUGCUCUGAAGAGGCAGGGCCGCACUCUGUACGGCUUUGGCGGUUAAACUCAUUCGACCUAAUUCGUCAAUCGAUCUAAACAACAAAAGGUCCUUUUCAGGACCACCCAUCUCGUCUAUAGAGCUGAUUCUACUCGCACGUCUGUGACCAAGUUCUGUAAAUACUUGUAAAAUACCUUCCAGUAUUUCCCCAGCAACUUCUGAAGUAGUGUUAUAUCUUAACAAUUACUGACUGAC